AUGAACAUCCGGACCCCACCCACACUCCUGCAGCUGGCAGGAGAGAGCCUGCUGAGGGACCAGGCCUCAGCCAUCACAGCUCUGGAGUAUCUGCUGGCUGCUCUCUUCCCACCGCUGUUCAUUCAGGCCCACCGCAGGAGAAUCUGGGAGCCCCUGAAGGCGAUGGUGCAUGCCUGGCCCUUCACUGUCCUCCCUCUGGGCUGCCUGUCACAUCUGUCCCUGGAUGAGGUCUUAAAAGCCGUGUUGGAUGAGCUUGACAUUCUGUUUGCCCAGGAGGUUCGGCCCAGGAGGUGGAAACUGCGGGUGCUGGAUUUAAGGAAAACAGGUGACAACUUCUGGAGAAUGUGGUGUGGAGAUAGCACCCAGAAUUGCUCACUGACGGGACCAGUGGCCGUGCACAGCUCCAGCCCCAACAUGGAGCACCCCUUGGCUCCCUUGGAGGUGUUCCUAGACCUUAACUUCAAUGAAAGGGUCGGGGAUGAGUUUCUCAUGUACAUCAUCGGAUGGGCCCAGCAGAGGGAAGGGUUGGUACACCUGUGCUGCAAGGCGCUGAGGAUUUCUGAGGUGCCCUUCCAGAGGGUCAGCAAGGUCCUGGAUGGGGUGCAGCUGGACUGCAUCCAGGAGGUGGAACAGACCCCCUUGGACAAACUCUCCAUAGAAAAUUGCCAGCGGCUGACGCAUUCAGACCUGACACACCUGUUCCAGUGCCCGAACCUCAGGCAGCUGAAGUCCCUGCAUCUGUUUCGCCUCAGGCUCGCGGAUUUUAGUCUUGAGCCCCUCCGAGCUCUGCUGGAGGCAGUGGCACCCACCCUCCAGGACCUGCGCCUGGAUAACUGUGCGAUGGUGGACUCCCAAGUCAAGGCCAUCCUGCCUGUCCUAAGCUGCUGUCACCAGCUCAGGGACUUCACCGUCUCUGAGAACCACCUCUCCAUGGCCACCAUAGAGAAGCUGCUGCGCCACACAGCUGUGCUGCCCAGUUUGGAGAGCAUACUGUACCCCAUCCCCCUGGAGUAUUACAGGACCCAGGGGACUGUGGAUAAGGAGAGACUUGCCCUGUUUGGGGAUGACUUAAUGGGGAUGCUGAGGGAGUUAGAACAUCCCAACAUCAUCUGUCCUGGCACCAAGUACUGUCACUAA